GGAACAGCCAAUAAGGUAGGAGGAAAAUUAAGGGAGUGUGGUGUUCCAGAAGACAAGUGAUAAAAUUAUUCAAAAAGAAGGGCGUGGCCAAUCACAUCAGAUGCUGCUGAAAGUUAAAGAAACCGGUGGAUUCAGCAAGCGCAGUGUUGGUGGACUGGCUUGGAAACAGUUCAGUUUGGAAGCCUGAUUGGAGAGCUCAUGAGAAUAGAAAGUGAGGACAUAAAGGCAUCAUCCUACAAUGGCUGAAUCACUAAGUGAAAUUUGUGACACUCUGGAUGUUCUGGAGGCCAGUGAUGAGGGAAAGAAGAAAUGCAAAUUUAAAGCCCUUAAGAGCUUUUUUGGUAAGAAGAAGAGAAAAGAAGCUGAAGAUACCCAGGAAGAAGAAAUGCUAGAACUGAGCUCAUCCAGCAGCAACAUUAACAUCUCUUCUCUGGAGCCUGCUCGAGAAAAUCAACCAACUAAGGCCAGGGUCAAGAGCAGCAUGGGGAGCAAAGCCCUAUCCCAUGAUAGCAUCUUCAUGUUGGGUCCUGAGCCUGAAAGAUCAGCAAGUAAAAUGUGUCCUUCUAUGGAUCCCCAGAGAGGCAGACCUCGGCAGAGAUCCCGUAUUUCCAGAACUCUGCCUAAACCUAGGAGUAGUGUGCCUGGAGUUGUGUCUGGAGCCAUGUUAGGAGCUGUGCUUCAAAAUGUGCCUACAAGUGCAUUCUGGGUUACUGGCCCCAAGAUCACUGAGAACCCACCAUCACGCCAACGCCGACUCAGCAUCAUCCCACCUGUUAUCCAACCUGACAUAAUUUCUAAGAACUUGGUAGAAAUCUCUCUCGAUGAUGAGUCACCCAAGAAUCCACAAAAGAAGGCUUUACCACAUGAGAGUUUGACAGUCACUCAGAGCUUCUCUGAGUUAUCAUCCGGACCUGAUUGCUCACAGUCCUUGACUGCAUUUGCCACGCUUGCCUCUACCAGCAGCACCCAGCUGCCCAUUGGUUUCAGCACCCCAGCCACCACCGAGGGCUGUUUGGAUUCUUCAGCUGCUCGCCACAAGAUGACUUUAAAUCCCCGCAAACAAAAGAAGAACCUUCAAGUGAUUGUGGAACCAAAGCAGGAGGAGCCAAACCUUCCAUUGGUUUCUGAAGAAGAAAAGAGUAUAACCAAACCAAAAAAAACCAACCAAAAGAAGCUGGGAACAGACAGUGCAGAUUCCUCAAGCCAGGAACAGAACAACAAAACUGAGAUGUAUGAUAAGAAGACAACAGACCAGGCUCCAAACACUGAUGCUUCUGGGAGUCAGAGCUAUCCAAUGUCAGCAGCAUAUGGAAGAAGACAGAGAAGAAAAGGAGCAAGUAUUUCAGGAUUGAGUGAGUGUGAAUUCAAAGGAAGAAGCCUUAAACAAUCCAGUGAAGGGUAUGGCCUGGGCGAUAGAGCUGGGUCUUCGCCUACCAAUAAGACUGCCAGGAAUGUCCCUUUCUUGCACUUGUCCUUGGAGAAGGACAACAUGGAGCAGCCUACAACUCCACAACCAGAAACCACUACCCCUCAGGGGUUGCUUUCAGAUAAAGAUGACAUGGGAAGGAGAAAUGAUGGCAUAGAUUUCGGAUCCAGAAAAGCAUCAGCAGCACAGCCCAUACCUGAAAACAUGGACAAUUCCAUGGUUAGUGAUCCACAACCAUACCAUGAAGAUGUGGCUUCUGGAGCUGAGAAGACAGAAGCCAGAGCUUCUCUUUCACUGAUGGUAGAAAGUCUUUCUACAACCCAAGAGGAAGCCAUUCUCUCAGUAGCAGCAGAGGCUCAGGUGUCUAUGAAUCCUUCUCAUAUCCAGUUAGAAGAUAAAGAAGCUUUCAGCUUUGAUUCACGAAAGGCCCAAUCCAAAAUGGAGUCAGCCCAGGAUGUUCAAACUAUCUGCAAAGAAAAGCCUUCUGGAAAUGUUCACCAGGCCUUUACAGCAAGUGUUUGGGGUAUGACAAGUACUACAGCCAAAGGAGAUGUUUAUGCCAAGACUCUGCCUCCCAGAAACCUUUUUCAGUCCUCAAGGAAGCCUGAUGCUGAAGAAGUCUCCUCAGAUUCAGAGAAUAUUCUUGAGGAGGGGGAUGGUUCUGAAGAACUGGCUCAUGGUCACUCUUCCCAGUCCUUGGGGAAGUUUGAAGAUGAACAAGAAGUCUUCUCAGAAUCAAAAAGUUUUGUUGAGGACUUGAGCAGCUCUGAGGAGGAGCUGGACCCCAGAUGCCCCUCCCAGGCUUUAGAAGAGCCUGAAGAUGAAGAAGUCUUCACAGAAUCAAGCAGUUAUGUUGAAAAGUACAACAGUUCUGAGGAUUGCAGCAGCUCAGAGGAAGACCUGCCUCUCAGACACCCUGCUCAGGCCUUGGGAAAGCCCAAAAACCAACAAGAAGUCUCCUCUGCUUCAAAUAAUACUCCUGAAGAGCAGAAUGCUUCUACACAGCAGCUGCCUUCCAGAUGCCCUUCUCAGCCCAUUAUGAGUCCUACUGUUCAGCAACAAGUCCCCACCAGUUCAGUGGGCACUUCUGUAAAACAGAGUGGUUCCGUGGAGCCAAUCCCUCCAAGACACCCUUUCCAGCCAUGGGUGAACCCUAAAGUGGAGCAAGAAGUUUCCUCAUCUCCAAAGAGCAUGGCUGUUGAAGAGAGCAUUUCUGUGAAGCUUCUGCCUCCUAAACUUCUUUGCCAGCCCUUGAUGAAUCCUAAAGUUCAACAAAACAUAUUCUCAGGUUCAGAGGAUGUUGCUGUUGAGAGAGUCAUUUCUGUGGAGCCACUGCUCCCCAGAUAUUCUCCUCAGUCCUUGACAGAUCCUCAAAUCCGGCAAAUCUCAGAAAGCACAGCUGUUGAGGAAGGCACUUAUGUGGAGUCGCUGCCUCCCAGAUGCCUUUCCCAGCCCUCGGAGAGGCCUAAGUUCCUAGACUCAAUGAGUACUUCUGCAGAAUGCAGCAGUCCUGUGGCGCCAACACCUUCCAAAUACACUUCCCAGCCAUGGGUGACCCCUAAAUUUGAGGAACUGUAUCAACUCCCUGCACAUCCAGAAAGCACUACUGUUGAAGAGGACAUUUCUAAGGAGCACCUGCUUCCCGGAUAUCUUUCCCAGUUUACUGUGGGAAAUAAAGUCCAGCAACUGUCCUCAGAUUUCGAGAGGGCUGCUGUUGAGGCAGGCAUUUCUGGGAGCCCAGUGCCUCCCCAAUACGCUACCCAGUUCUUAAAGAGGUCUAAAGUUCAGGAAAUGACCUCACGUCUAGAGAAAAUGGCUGUUGAAGGCAUUUCUAAGAAAUCACGGAUUCCCAGGCGUUCAACCCAGUCAUUCGUGAAAUUUAUGGCACAGCAAAUCUUUUCAGAGAGCUCUGCUCUUAAGAGGGGCAGUGAAGUGGCACCUCUGCCUCCCCAUCUUCCUUCCAAAUUUUUGUCGAAGCCUAAAAUCAAGCACCAAGUUUUCUCAGAUUCAGGGAGUGCUAAUCCUAAGGGAGGCAUUUCUUCAAAGAUGCUACCUAUGAAGCACCCUUUACAGUCCUUGGGGAGGCCUGAAGACCCACAGAAAGUUUUCUCAUGUUCAGAGAAAGCUCCUGGGAAGUGCAGCAGUUUUAAAGAGCAGCUGUCUCCCAGACAGCUUUCCCAGGCCUUGAGGAAACCUGAGUAUGAGCAAAAAGUCUCCUCUGCUUCUGCCAGCUCUCCUAAAGAGUGGAGGAAUUCUAAAAAGCAGCUGCCUCCCAAACAUUCUUCCCAAGCCUCAGAUAGGUCUAAAUUCCAGCCACAGAUGUCAUCAAAGGGCCCAGCAAAUGUACCUGUAAAGCAGAGCAGCGGUGAGAAGCACCUGCCUCCAAGUAGCCCUUUCCAGCAACAGGUUCAUUCAAGUUCUGUGAAUGCUGCUGCUAGGCGGUCUAUUUUUGAGAGCAAUUCUGACAACUGGUUCCUACGAAGAGAUCAAGCUUUUGCAAACAAAACCAAUAAAUUCAGCCAAGGUUCCAAACACCCCAUAAAGAGCAUCCCGGCCCCUGCUACCAGACCUGGGAAGCUCACCACUGCCCCUGCUGGGCAAACAUCCACUUCUGGGGACAUUUGCUCUAAGAAAGAAGAUCUUGAGAGUGGUGAUGGUAAUAAUAACGAGCAUGCAAACCUAUCCAACCGGGAUGAUAUUGAAAAGCUUUUUGGGGUUCGACUGAAAAGAGCCCCUUCCUCACAGAAGUAUAAGAGUGAGAAACAAGAUAACUUCAACCAGCUUGCUUCAGUGCCCUCGGGCCCAAUUUCAUCCUCUGUAGGCAGGGGGCAUAAAAUCACAACAAGCACUUCCCAGGGGCUCCUGGAGGCUGCAGGGAACCUCACCAAAAUAUCUAAUGUUGCAGAGAAGCAACAGAGCAGGCCCAAAUCUGAAAGCAUGGCCAAGAAGCAACCUGCUUGCAAGAUCCCAGGAAAGCCUGAUGGUCAACAGUCAGAUUAUGCUGUCUCAGAGCCAGUUUGGAUAAAUAUGGCAAAGCAGAAGCAGAGGAGUUUCAAGGCCCACAUUCCUAUGAAAGAGCUGAAAACUAAGAGCAGAGCUGGAGCCAAUGCUGAGCCUAAGGAGCCUAAAUAUGGGGGAGCUGGCCCUGAAAAUGAAAACCAACCUAAAAAGAUUUUCACUUCCAGUGUCCAUAAACAGGAGAAGAGAGCACAGAUGAAGCCACCUAAGCCUACAAAAUCAGUUGGAUUUGAAGCUCAGAAGAUACUGCAAGUGCCUGCCAUGGAAAAAGAAACCAAACGAUCUUCAAUUCUCCCAGCCAAGUUCCAGAAGCCAGUAGAGCCAGUUGAGCCUGUCUGGUUCUCCCUGGCCAGGAAGAAAGCCAAAGCAUGGAGCCACAUGGCAGAGAUGAUGCAAUAAAGAGCCCUUGUGUGGAGCAUCAGCAUUUUUAAAAAAAGUUUUAUUUUUUUGAGACGGAGUCUCGCUGUGUUACCCAGACUGGAAUGCAGUG